AUGGGUGAUGAGAGGGCCGGCAGCACCGGUAGCACCGAUAGCACCGGCAGCACCGGUACCACCGAUAGCACCGGCAGCACCGGUACCACCGAUAAGAACGGUCACACCGAUGGCAACGAGUGGACGAUUGGAUUCCGUGGCGCUGAGUGUCGGCUUUGGUUGGGCUCUUAUAAUGGCUUAUCUGUGGUCAAGAAGGAGAGGUUCGUCAAGAACUAUAGGAUCACUGAAUUAAACACCAAAAUCACUAAAGAGAGGAUUAGGGCUGAAGUGCGCGCCAUCGCCAAGAUUAAGGACAAGUCACCAGAAUUAGGUCCACUCCUGCCGUCCAUUCUGUUUGUCGACCAAAACAACAUAAUUAUGACCAGAAUUGAAGACUCGGUGAAUGUCUGCCAAUAUCUGAGUGAUGGACAAACAGAUGAGACCAUCGAUGAGUUGUUGGUGGCUUUGGGACAAACCAUCGCUCGGAUACACAAUUGUGGUGUCAUUCAUGGAGACUUAACCACAUCUAACUUCAUGAUCAACUCUAAGAAGAACCUAUUGAUUCCUAUAGACUUCGGAUUGUCUUCGUUCUCCACAUCAGCCGAAGACCGAGCCGUCGACCUCUACGUCCUCGAGAAAGUGAUCAUUAGUUCCCAU